AGCAUAAAACUCCACUGGUAUUGUUUUGAUCCAUUAAAAAAAACAUGGCUCCUGCUCCCAUGAAAACUCUCUACUCGUCACUCCUUUUCCUCAGCUAUUUUCUAGUGCUCAAAGCUGAUUCGAAAUGCCAAAAAUCGUACCCCUGCAGAGAUUUCUCCAUCCAAUUCCCCUUCACUGAUAUUACUCAUUCCAAAUGUGGAUUCUUCUCAGUCAACUGCAGUUUAGAACAUCAAAAUCCAUUAAUUUAUCUACGAGAGUAUCCCAUGAAUCUGCUGGAGAAGUUAUCGGAUAACAAGCUCUUGAUCCACGAUUCCGUGCUACAAAACUACAUCAAUGGAAGCAGCUGUCUCUCCUUCUCAAACGUAUCUCUACCAAAAUCUCCUUUCGUUUCCUUCACAUAUUCCCCUAAUAUCACCUUCUUCAACUGCUACAAUCCAAGUAAAGAUGUCAUAGAUUACUUCGUGCAGUACAAGAAUAGGAGCUGUGAUAUAUUGACCAUUUACUAUAAAGCUGAAGCCACUGAAGAAGCUCCUGCACAUAUAUAUUGAUGAUGUUCUUCCAGGAUCAGGAUGUACAAUGAAUCAAAUGCCUUUGAGGUCUAACCAAGUAUUUCCCGCCGACCUCAUCAAUCUGUUAAGUCCAAAUUUCGCUCUAGAAUGGCACGUGUCUCAAGAUUGUUAUGAAUGUUAUUAUGAUCGAGGAGGGCAAUGUCUCACAUCCGAAAACAAUGAGUUCUACUGCAAAACCAAUCCAGGUAAAGAAAAUAAGAGACUUCAAAAGAUUCUCUUCAAAGAUUCAUCAAAACAACAGGUUUUUAUCUCGUCAGGUGGUAUGGCUAUAGCCGCGCUUACAUCCUCCUUGAUAUUUAUAUUCAUUUACGUUCGGAUGAACCGUGCAAAGGCAAAACAAGAGCAUGACAGAGACAUUGAACUCUUUCUCAAGAACAAUAGAAAUCUUGCACCAAUCAGAUACAAAUACUCUAUUAUCAAGAAAAUGACAAACUCAUUUACUGAAAACUUGGGAAGAGGAGGGUUUGGCAAUGUCUACAAAGGGCAGUUUCCCGACGGUCAUCUCGUGGCAGUGAAAGUCUUGAAUGAAUCCAAUGAAAAUGGGGAAGAUUUCAUGAAUGAAGUCGCCAGUAUUAGUAGAACUUCCCAUGUCAAUAUUGUCACGCUUCUAGGAUUUUGUUUUGAAGGUUCUAAAAGAGCACUCAUUUAUGAUUUCAUGCGUAACGGAUCUCUUGAAAAAUUCAUUUGCAACAAUGCUUCCUCGUAUCAAGAAUCUGGGUUGGGAUGGGAUAAAUUGUUUGAGAUCGCUCUUGGGAUAGCUCGAGGGCUAGAGUACUUGCAUCAAGGCUGCAAUACGAGGAUUCUGCAUUUGGACAUCAAACCUCAGAACAUUCUUCUAGAUAAGGACAUGAAUCCAAGAAUUUCAGAUUUUGGGCAUGCUAAAUUGUGUCCAAACAGAUCGAGCAUAGUCUCUAUGAUGGUGGCAAGAGGGACAAUAGGGUACAUUGUUCCUGAAGUAUUUUUUAGAAACUUCGGGGAAGUCUCUUACAAGUGUGAUGUGUAUAGUUAUGGUAUGCUGAUUUUGGAAAUGGUUGGAGGAAGGAGAAACAUUGAUCCGAGAGAUGUAGAUAGUAUUAGUACGAGUGAAAUAUACUUCCCGCAUUACCUCUACAAGCAACUUGAAAGGGAUGGUGAUGUAAUUCCAGAUUUGAAUGAAGAUGCAAUCCAACUUGUAAAGAGAAACUUGAUGAUUGUUGGGUUGUGGUGCGUUCAGACGAACCCUAAGGAUCGACUGUCGAUGAAGAGGGUGGUAGAGAUGUUGGAAGGGAAACUUGGAUCAUUGGAGAUUCCACCUAAGCCUUACCUUUACUCAACACCAAGAGCAGCAUCAAGCUAUUCAACUUCUGAAUCUUUCUACUACUUUACUUGAUCCUGUUUACUGGUUGGUUGGAAACUUGGAAUAGCAUUAGUCUUGUGGAAAGAGUCACUGUUAGAAAAAUACAAGAAAAACUGUGAAGAAUUUAAAUCUCCAUUAUUAAGAUUAGAAACUCCUGGAAUUUAACUUUCA